CUCAGACUGAUGUUCUGCAGCAGCAGCAGCUUCGAUCAGUGCUGGAGCAGCUCAUUUAUCUAGAUUGGCAUAUUCAAGCUCACGAACGAGCUCGGGAUUCGCAGAAGAAGAAAGCCGGUCAUGACGAACAACAACAACUCGGUGACUAGGAGGGGGGGCUGCUGCAGCAACAGCUCUGGGGUAACAGCAGCAGCAGCAGCUCUGGUGGUGGUGCUGGCGAUGGCGAUGGCGUGCACCUGUGCGACUGCCCAGUGCCGCUCUCUCACCGAGUACUCUCCCUGCCUGGACGCGGUGACGACUGGCGCGGAGCCCACCGAUCAGUGCUGCGAGACGCUGGCGGGGGUGAUGUCGAUGGAUGAUGGCCUGGCGUGCCUGUGCGAUGCUUUGACCAGCGAUGCCGCCUCGUCGUUGGGGAUCAGAACCAGUGACGCUGUCCAGCUGCCGAGCAAGUGCCAGGCUAAGACUGGGCUCACUUACACCCACGGCUACAAUUGCAAAGGUGCCACUGUUCCAUAAUCGUCGAUGCUGGUCUUCAUGACGAGCUGCUGGUGCCAUGCUGUAUGAAAACUAGAUGUGAUCAUUCUCAGUAGUGGAGGUUGGAGUUAGAGGACACAUUGCUGAAUCGUGUUGUUUAGUUUGUUGCAGUAAAUUGCAGGCGGUGGUAUUUUCAGGAAGAGACGUUGUAGUUGCAAUCGAUCUUCUCUGAUACUGAGCUUUUCGACUGAGUCUUCAGGGCCACUGUAUUCUGAGAACUGUUUAGGAGCCAUAAGUGAAUACUCCAGGCUCUUGCAGUUCAUCGGUCUAGUUUUCGCAAAAGCACAUGACUGUGUCUGUGCGCGAAUUUUCCCUGCAUGUUGUGAGUUUAAGUCGGCCAGGUUCUGGUCGAGAGACUGAUGAUGUAUUCACCUAUGUUUCGAAAUUCUACAGUGGUGAAACGUGAUCCAUGUAAUCAACAUCGUUCACAUAGUACACAAUGUUGUUGUUAAGGAA